AUGCGGCCUCGUCGCCUCCUCCCUCCCUAUGCGACCCCGUCGCCGCCCCUACGCGGCCCCGUCACCACCCCUAGUGGCCCCGUCGCCGCCUCCCUCCCUACGCGGCCCCGUCCCCGCCCCUACGCGGCCUCGUCGCCGCCCCUACGCGACCCCGUCGCCGCCCCUAGCGGCCCCUUCGCCUCCUCCCUCCCCACGCGGCCCCGUCGCCGCCCCUACGCGGCCCCGUCGCCACCCCUAGUGGCCCCGUCGCCGCCUCCCUCCCUACGUGGCCUCGUCGCCGCCCCUACGCGGCCCCGUCGCCGCUCCCCUCCCUACGCGGCCCCGUCGCCGCCCCUAGCGGCCCCGUCGCCGCCUCUACCCGGCCCCAUCGCCGCCCCUAGCGAGCAGCCGAGCCGCCGAGCCGCCCAACAGCCGAGCCGCUCGGCAGCCGAGUCGCCCAGCAGCCGAGCCGCCCCUGGAGCAGCCGCCACUGCAGCAGCCGCCCCUAGAGCAGCCGCCACUGCAGCAGCCGCCCCUGCAGCAGCCGCCCCUGGAGCAGCCACCCCUGCAGCAGCCGCCCCUGGAGCACCCGCCCCUGCAGCAGCCGCCCCUGCAGCAGCCGCCCCUGGAGCAGCCGCCCCUACAACUGCCGCCCCUGGAGCAGCCACCCCUGUAGCUGCCGCGGAGGUCUCGCCCUACAGUGGUAGCGGCAUCGCCGUUGCCGCCGUCGUACGCCUGCCCUUCUCGCCACUGUCCCACUACUUUGCCCGUCUGAGCGACGCUUGGCGUACGGAGUUUAGCGACGCGGCUGAGCUCCCUGAAUGGGUGGAGCUGCUAAGGCUGCGGGUAGAUAUCUAUACUCUUGACUAUGAUGCUAUCCUCACUGCCAUGUAUGCAUUGCCUACUAGUGAUGCGGGUGAUUGUUACCUGUGUGUUCCGCCUGACCCGGGCAUUGAGGCUGCUGCUCUAGGUGAUGGUGAGGCUGCUGCUCUAGGUGCUAGUGCGUCUGCUGCCCCAGGUGCUGGUGAGUCUGCUCUCUCAGGUACUACGUCGACUCAGGCCUUACACACCUUCACCCUUGACUCGGGUGCUUCCCACUCCUUCUUUCGAGACCGCACCACGCUUACGCCGCUUAGUCGGCCGGUUGCGGUCUCCCUGGUAGCUGCGUCGAGUCAGGUGUUUGCUGCGGCGUCAAGGUCUGGUCCUGAGUCUGCUCCCUGCUGGUGUCGUCUCUUGUCCCACCAGACUCUCCUUUGGCACCACCGCCUUGGUCACCCCUCCUUGCCUCGUCUCCAAGGCAUGACCUCCCGUGUCCUUGUCUCUGGUCUCCCUCGGUCUCUCCCUCCCCUUCCUCCGGGGCCUGGCCCUACCAGCGUCCCCUGCGUCGAGGGGCGACAGCGCGCCGCCCCUCACUCCUCCGAGUUUCCUCCGACAGAGGCUCCGCUGCAAACUCUCCACAUGGACGUGUGGGGCCUAGCCCGCGUCAGUGGGCAGGGGCGCGAGCGGUACUUCCUGCUGGUGGUUGAUGACUACUCGCGUUACACCACAGUCUUCCCCUUGCACAGCAAGGGUGACGUCACUGAGGUGUUGAUCGACUGGAUCCGCGCAGCUCGUCUCCAGCUCAAAGAGUGUUCCGGCUCCGACUUUCUUGUUCUGCGUCUGCACUCGGACAGAGGCGGGAAGUUUUCCUCUGCCCGUCUGGGAGCCUUCUCUUGUGCAAAGGGCAUCCGCCAGACCUUCACGCUUCCGGCCUCUCCACAGCAAAAUGGGAUUGCUGAGCGCCGCAUUGGCAUGGUCAUGACUACGCCGCGCAUCAGCUCAACCUUCAGCCCCCGGAUCACCUUGCCAGAGACCUCCCCCGCCUUGCGGUGGACCGGGAAGGUUGACGAUGCGUCUGCGUUUCAGGUCUGGGGAUCUCGGGCGUUUGUCCGCGACUUGUCUGCGGACAAGCUGUCCCCCCGUGCAGUUCCCUGCGUCUUCCUUGGCUUCCCCCCUGACGCGCCUGGGUGGCAGUUUUACCACCCCACCUCGCGCCGUGUUCUGUCCUCCCAGGACGUCACCUUUGACGAGUCGGUGCCUUACUGCCAUCUCUUCCCCUACCGCACCGCGCCUCUCCCCCCGCCACCGCUAUUCCUUGCACCAUGUCCUCCCCCGGUAGACCCCCUCCCCCUCAUGGUCCUGCCCCGUCAAGUGUGUCCCAGGUAG